CAUUCCUUCAUGUUGGCUCUACUGGUUACUCGAGUGAUGUUGGUCAGCUUUCCGGUUUGCAUUCCCCUUUCAACACGGCAAGAUGGCAGACCAGACCGAGCGUGCGUUUCAAAAGCAACCUACAAUCUUUCUUAACCGCAAGAAAGGUUUGGGCCCCAAAAGGAGGAAGCCUAUGAGAUAUAGCCGCAAUGUAGGGCUUGGUUUCAAAACACCACGUGAGGCAAUUGAAGGAACUUACAUUGACAAGAAGUGUCCGUUUACCGGUAACAUUUCUAUACGAGGUCGCAUUCUGACUGGUGUUGUGCAGAAAAUGAAAAUGCAACGGACAAUUGUUAUACGUAGAGAUUACCUUCAUUACAUCAGGAAAUAUAAUCGAUUUGAGAAACGCCAUCGGAACAUGAGUGUUCACUUGAGUCCUUGCUUCAGAGACGUAGAAAUUGGGGAUGUGGUAACUAUAGGUGAAUGCAGGCCACUCAGUAAAACAGUUAGGUUUAAUGUUUUGAAGGUUUCCAAAGGAACUGGUUCAAAGAAAAGUUUCAAGAAGUUUUAAGGUCAUUGAUGUUGUGGAACAUCAUGGGAAGGAUAACACCGUCGUGAAUCGAAGGUUACAAA